AUGAUCACUCCAUUUUUGGUACUCGGUGUGGGAGUGGACGAUUCGUUCUUGUUGAUGCAAUUCUGGUUUUAUUCACAACCUAUGUCCUAUUCCCGUCUUCACGGGAUGUAUACAACUAUUGGCCCAUCUAUUACGCUUUCUUCCUUUACAAAUGUUGCAGCAUUUCUCGUGGGAUAUGUCAUGUCACCAUCAAUGGAUAUUGCUCGUUUUUGUCUCUGUUCAGCAGCUGCAUUUGCAUUGUGCUGGCUAGUAGAAUUAUUUGUUUUUACGCCUCAAUUGCUGCUUUGUUGUCCUGGGAAAGUAUCAUUAAAUAAAAAUGAAGGAUUCUACAUGCCUAAGCGAUAUUUUAAAAUGUACAACUGUUUUCUUCAAAAAUUUUCCUUCAUUCAUAUUGCGAUAUUGCUAUUGUUGUUUGCUUCACUCGGAAGUUGUAUAUUUAUGAUUGUGAACAUGGAAGAAAAUUUCGCUCCUGAAAAAAUAUUUGACGAUAACUCGUUUCUUGCAAAAUCUCUUGCUUCGAUGAAUAAAAUUUAUGGAGAUCAUCAGAUGGUCAGAAUAUUAGUGACAGAACUGCCCACAAAUGCUAUCACAUUACGGGCUGAUAUAGCGCGAAUUACAUCUUUUCAUUAUCUAUGUCAUAAUUACACGACCUGGCUUGAACUUUACGAACAGCUAUAUCAUCCUUUAUCAACUGAUAUCCAGGAAUAUUUCAGCCAGCUACCUAGCUUUAUCAAACGAUAUCCAGAAACUGCAUAUUACCUGAAUUAUAAUCAUAAAAACAAUGCGUUGUUUUCAUUAAACAAAAUAUCAUUUGAAUUGUGCCUGCAAGGAUUUGGAAAGUGGCGAGAUCGUGCCACUGUUGUAAAUGUAGUAAUGGGAGGUCUUCGGUUUUGGGGAGCAGAAUUGGAUGUGGUGCUAAUGGUGAAUGUUGUUAUGGCUGCAGGCUUUACUGUUGAUUAUGUGUCGCAUAUUAGCUAUCAUUUAUUUCUGGAAGCCGGAACUAUGACGAAUCAAACGGAACGCAUGGCCAGAACUCUACAUGCUAUUUUUGGCCCUACAGCUCAAGAUACAAAUGCGCUUACAAGUAGUUGUUACAUUUCGCUUACAAGCAGGAGCGCAGAAGUACUAGACAAUCUGAAAUUGCUUUUAAUGGAUGAACUGUUGCCAUUUUGGAUUACAUUAGUGGUUCCAAUAUGCCUCAUCUCUCAAAGAAUUGGAAAAUCGUUCAAAAAUGGAUCCUAUAACUGCGACAUAUGCAAAGAGCAAGAACGUCGUGGGUGGUCUCGUGUAGCAGCAUGUAAUGAUGCCAGUAAUAUGGAAAGCUCAAUGUGCGGUCGUUCUUGUCUCAAUGAUUAG